AUUUCUCCCACUAGUUCCCGGUUUGCCCCCACUACCUUGCCCCCUCUCUUCUGCACCCCUUCUUGCUCUUUCUCUCUCCCCUCUGUGGUAAUCGCUCCCUGGAUUGGGCUCGCCGCAUGGUUCUGCCCUAAUUUGGGCCUGGAUCUCGUUUCCGAGCUACGUCUCAGCUUGCGAGACCUCGUCGUCUGAUAAUUUUGAUUUUUUUAAUGGUUUUCUAGAGUUCCAGACGAGGUAGGGUUUUGGAGGGAGCCGAAUUGAGUGGCUUCGGCCGUUGAUUUGUUUAAUUUGUUGUGUGAUUCGGAGGUUAUCGCUCUUUAGGAUGGCUUAAGAAAGAAAGAGAUAGAGAGAGAAGAGAUCGGUGGAAAGGUCUAUUGAGUUAUGGGGAGCAGCGAGACCGACACGCCGUCUAAGGCACCGAAGGCAUCAGCGGCGCAGGAGCAACCACCGGCCACGAGCGCCAGUCCCACCACCACGGUGUACCCUGACUGGUCAGGAUUUCAGGCAUACUCACCGAUUCCGCCACAUGGGUUCUUUCAUUCUCCUGUUGCAUCGAGUCCCCAAGCUCAUCCUUACAUGUGGGGAGCUCAGCAUCUUAUGCCUUCAUACGGGACACCACCAUCUCCAUAUGUCAUGUAUCCUCAUGGAGGGUUGUAUGCUCAUCCAUCUAUUCCAGCGGGCUCACACCCAUUCAGUCCUUUUGCUGUUCCUUCAGCAAAUGGUAAUCCUGAUGCUUCUGGGGCUGUGGCUGGUGGAAUGGAAGGGGAUGGUAAGUCAUCUGAAGGUAAGGAAAGGAGUCCAAUCAAGAGAUCAAGGGGAAGUUUGGGAAGUUUGAACAUGAUCACGGGAAAGAACAACAAUGAUCUGGGUAAAACAUCAAGAGCAGCCAAUGGAGUCUUCUCGCAAAGCAGCGAAAGUGGAAGUGAAGGUUCAAGUGAUGGAAGCGAUGCCAAUUCUCAGAAUGACACACAACCAAACAUGUGUGGUGGACAGGAUUCUUUUGAUGCAGAGGCAUCCCAAAAUGGUACCACUACACGUGGUUCUCAAAAUGGAGUAGCUCGUGCACCGACACAGGCAACAUCAAGUCAAACCAUUCCAAUAAUGCCUAUGCCGGUAGCUGGUGUACAUGGAGGGGUUGCUGGUCCCACCACAAACUUAAAUAUUGGGAUGGACUACUGGAACACAUCAACCCCAUCACCCAUGCCUCCAAUUCGUGGGAAGGCCCCUGCAGCCACAGGUGCAGGAGCUAUGGUUCCUGGUGGGCUUUCUGGAUCUCGUGAGAAUGUUCCAUCAGAGCUUUGGAGACAGGAUGAAAGAGAACUCAAAAGGCAGAGGAGAAAGCAGUCAAACAGGGAAUCCGCACGUCGAUCCAGGCUGCGCAAACAGGCAGAGUGUGAAGAACUUGCUCGGCGUGUUGACGCUCUGAAAGAGGAAAAUACUUGCCUUAGAGCAGAAGUAGACAGAAUCAAGAAGGACUAUGAGCAACUUCUUGCUCAAAAUGCCUCUCUUAAGGAGAAGCUUGAGGAAACCACCAAAGGAUCAGAAGAUACAAGACUUGAUGAGAACAGCCAACAUUCUGUUGAUGACACUCAAAAGCACUCGGAUUCUGUUGUGAAGGCAGGGCAAUCAGAUACUGUGCCGAGUGGUUGCUAGGACCACAACUGCUUCAGACCAUCUUCUGGAUCGUAACUGACUAAAAUUUGACCAUGCCUUCAUUACAUAGUAUUUUUUAUGGAAGGUUAAGGGUUGAUGCAGUAAAUUACUAUUAUGUAGCCAUGUUGUCGAUGCUGACCUCUCUAAGCAUGGUUCCUGUUAUUAUUUUGCCUUGACUGAUCUUUUAACAGUCAAGUCAAGCAGGACGUGUUGGAACCAAGUCUGGUCCUUGUCUUUUUAAAGGAUGGCUAGUGACCUUUUCGCUCCUUAUCUACCCUCCAUCUUAUGGGACAAUGCAAUGUAUAUUUAGUGAGACUUAAUUAUUGACUGCUUUGUAAUAGAAGUAUAGACAGAUUUCUUAAUGUAGUUUAUGUAUACACUGCCGAAUAAUAGAACUAUGAUCAAGUUGUGAUUUGCUAGUCCUUGUUGGUUUAAUGGUGCUUUAAUUGUGUACCAGAACAUGAAGACAUCUAAUACAUAUGAUAUGAUAUGAUAUGCUUUUUUUAAAGUACUUCUGUCCUUGAAAUAAAUUUACUAGAUACAAUUUUGAAGCCUUCCAUGAAUGAAAAGGCAUGAAUUCCUUGGGUGACUUUUGGAAUCUGAAUCAACCUGUAGUGGAUGAUUAUUCCAAUCCUGAAAUUGUUUUCAGGUAUCCAGGUUGCUGGAGGAAUUUUGCAAAAAAAUCAGAUCUUGCAAGUUGACAUCUGACAAUAUUGCAAACUUAAUAGUUUAGUUAUUUUGUUCUGAUUUGAUUGAAGAAACAGAAACCUUGAAUAGAAUGAACAAUCCAAUUGUCAGCGAUCUUUGGGGUGGCAGAUGCUGUUGCAUUGGAAAUUGCUUUGUUGAGUCUACAACUUGUCAGGCACCCAAGGUAAUGCUUUAGUGGAUUAAUUCCAUUCUUUUUAUGUACCUUAGUUUCUGAGGAAAUUUGUAAGACUGCUUAGCCCAUGUAAAUUGACAUCUGGCUAUUUGCCUGUAAGUGGCUUCCUUCGAAGCAAAGCUUGACCAUCCGCUGACUAUUGAUGAAGUGAUGAAAUGUGGAAAUUUGAUGAAUAGCUCAGUAAGGUGACGUCGCUGAAUAUUAGUCUUAAGAGCAUGGAUGACACAAACAGGACACAUUGAUCCAGAGCAGGAGCCCCAAUGUUAUGCUUGUAAUUAAUCCUGGUCGGUAAACCACAAGAACUAUAUAUCAUGGAUCCUAUGAUAUUGCAAUUGGACUGGUAAUGGAUUCAUGGAACCAACUGAAGAUGCCUAACAAAUGAGCUGGAGACUGGGCAAUGUUUUGUCUGUUACAGCUGGUGGACUUGCGUGGGAACAGAUAGAUGUAGUGGUUCUGUUAGAUGAGAGCAGGUGACAUCAUCUCCAGAACUCCACUUAUACUUACUUGUAUGUCAAAUGAUGGCUUACACCUACUUCAACAACUAGGUUCAUGCCUUCUGCAUGAUUUGUUAUUUUGUCAGCAGGUUUUUAUGUGUGGCCUAGCAAUUUAUGAUGAUUCAAAACGUAAAAUAAACCAUCCAAUUGUUUUGCCUUAAUAUAUCAUUGAUGUUAAUUAUUA